CGAGGUCGCAGCGCAGAUGACGUCACAGUAGUAGUGGGCGGUGACGCCAUCUCUGCGAGCCCAAGGUGCGGAAUGGCUCCCGGGUCUCCCUCACGCGGUGGCACCGGCGACAUGGCUGAGGUGGCGGCCGGAGUGGGCCGCUUCAAGUCCAACUAUGCUGUCGAGCGCAAAAUCGAGCCUUUCUACAAGGGCGGGAAGGUGCAGCUGGACCAGACUGGACAGCACCUCUUCUGUGUCUGUGGCACCAGAGUCAACAUCUUGGACGUGGCCUCAGGGGCUGUGCUGCGGAGCCUGGAGCAGGAGGACCAGGAGGACAUCACUGCCUUUGACCUCAGCCCCGACGACAAGGUGCUGGUGACAGCCAGCCGGGCCCUGCUGCUGGCUCAGUGGGCCUGGCAAGAGGGCAGCGUCACCCGCCUGUGGAAGGCAAUACACACAGCCCCUGUGGCCACCAUGGCCUUCGACCCCACCUCCACACUGCUAGCCACAGGCGGCUGUGACGGGGCCGUGCGCGUCUGGGACGUCGUGCGGUGCUAUGGGACACACCACUUUCGGGGCUCCCCAGGCGUCGUGCACCUGGUGGCCUUCCACCCGGACCCCGCUCGCCUGCUGCUCUUCUCCUCGGCCGCAGACACCAGCGUCCGCGUGUGGUCGCUGCAGGAGCGGUCGUGCCUGGCUGUGCUGACUGCCCACUACAGUGCUGUCACGUCUCUGACCUUCAGCGCUGAUGGCCACACCAUGCUCAGCUCGGGUCGGGACAAGAUCUGCGUCGUCUGGGACCUGCGGAGCCUCCAGGCCACAAGGACCGUGCCAGUGUUUGAGAGUGUGGAGGCCGCGGUGCUGCUGCCAGAGGAGCCGGCGCCAGAGCUGGGUGUGAAGUCUGCGGGCCUGCACUUCCUGACGGCCGGUGACCAAGGUGCGCUGCGUGUGUGGGAGGCAGCCUCUGGGCGGUGUGUCCACGCACAGCAGCGGCUGCCGGGCCCUGGACGGGAGCUGACCCACUGCGCCCUGGCCCGCGCCGCCGGCCUACUCCUCAGCGUCACUGCCGACCACAACUUGCUGCUCUACGACGCUUGCUCCUUGCAGCUGCGGAAACAGUUCGCAGGCUACAGCGAGGAGGUGCUGGAUGUCCGGUUCCUUGGGCCUGAGGACUCUCACGUUGUCGUGGCCUCUAACAGCCCCUGCCUGAAGGUGUUUGAUCUACAGACCUCAGCCUGCCAGAUUCUCCACGGCCACACAGACAUCGUCCUGGCCCUAGACGUGUUCCGGAAGGGGCGGCUCUUUGCUAGCUGUGCCAAGGAUCAGAGCAUCCGCGUCUGGAGGAUGAACAAGGCUGGCGAGGUGGCUUGUGUGGCUCAGGGCUCUGGGCACACACACAGCGUGGGCACCAUCUGCUGCUCCAGGCUGAAGGAGACGUUCCUGGUGACGGGCAGCCAGGACUGCACUGUGAAGCUCUGGCCCCUCCCUGAAGCCCUGCUGUCCAAGGGCACAGGCCCCGAGGGCGGCCCGGUCCUCCUGCAGGCCCAGGCCACGCAGCGCUGCCAUGACAAGGACAUCAAUAGUGUGGUUGUCGCCCCCAAUGACAAGCUGCUGGCCACGGGCUCACAGGACCGCACGGCCAAACUCUGGGCCCUGCCACAGUGCCAGCUGCUGGGCACCUUCUCGGGCCACCGGCGCGGCCUCUGGUGUGUCCAGUUCUCGCCCAUGGACCAGGUGCUGGCCACGGCCUCGGCCGACGGCACCAUCAAGCUCUGGGCCCUGCAGGACUUCAGCUGCCUCAAGACUUUCGAGGGGCACGACGCUUCUGUGCUGAAGGUGGCCUUUGUAAGCCGCGGCACGCAACUGUUGUCCAGCGGCUCUGACGGGCUCCUGAAGCUCUGGACCAUCAAGAACAACGAGUGUGUGCGGACGCUGGACGCUCACGAGGACAAGGUCUGGGGGCUGCACUGCAGCCGGCUGGAUGACCGCGCCCUCACCGGUGCCAGUGACUCCCGCGUCAUCCUCUGGAAGGACGUGACCGAGGCAGAGCAGGCCGAGGAGCAGGCCAAGAGAGAGGAGCAGGUGGUCAAGCAGCAAGAGCUCGACAACCUGCUCCACGAGAAGCGCUACCUGCGGGCGCUGGGCCUGGCCAUCUCCCUGGACCGGCCCCACACUGUGCUGACUGUCAUCCAGGCCAUCCGAAGGGACCCCGAGUCCUGCGAGAAGCUGGAAACCACGGUGCUCCAACUGCGGCGCGACCAGAAAGAGGCUUUGCUGCGCUUCUGCGUCACGUGGAACACCAACUCGCGGCACUGCCACGAGGCCCAGGCCGUGCUGGGCGUGCUGCUGCGGCAUGAGGCCCCGGACGAGCUGCUGACCUAUGACGGUGUGCGGGCCUCUCUGGAGGGUCUGCUGCCCUACACCGAGCGGCACUUCCAGCGGCUCAGCCGGACGCUGCAGGCAGCCACCUUCCUGGACUUCCUGUGGCACAACAUGAAGCUGCCCACCCUCCCCACAGCCCCCGUGGCCCUGUGAAACACACGGAAACACGGACUCUGCUGUCUUGGC